GUUUUAAACAAAACAUGACACACUGUUGCCAUGGUAACCUGCCUCUGCCUUAGUCAUAGGUCAAAGAGCCUUCUAUAUUUCCCCUUUCUGUUCUAGUUGGAGUGAUGUGUGGCCUAAGGGUUAGGGUGCUAUGCUGGGGAUUGGAAAUCCUGGGGUCGGUAGAGGGAUUUCACUGUUAGGCAGUGGCGCAAGAUACUUAUUCCCCAAAUUGUUCCAUGGAUUGUCUGACCCUGGUUUCUCGAAAAUGCAGAACGCUUUGUAUAAAAACCUCUACUAAAUACGUCACUCUGUGUAUGUAGAUAAGUCCCAUGCUGUUCACUGUAGACUCACCCCAAGACCUUAUAAUUUGAGUCACUAGACUGUUGAUGACUACUGGCCAUUGAACCCCAUCCACCCCACAGAAAAGCAGCAUUAAUAUAAUUUGUGUUCACAAAAGUAUUUAUGAGUGCUUUGCUCAUGGAAUGUUUAUGUCGGCCUUGUGCAGCUGGUCACUCAAGCUCCUGCCGGAGCCGGCUAUUUUCAGAUCUGCUCAUAGGUCAUUUAUGUCAUCUUUGGAAAUCCCUUUCCAGUAAUAGAGUGUGGCAGUGAUUACAUGGAAGUUUAAAAAGCGAUCAUUUUAUCUAUGUAUGUUUAAAGGUUUGGAACAAGUCCAGGGAGAACUUCCGCAUUUCUUAAUAACUUAAGGUCACUAACAAUCAAGACUUGUGUAAUGGUUCGGUGUGACAUGAAGUGUUUUGCCCAGAUUGCCCAGGAUGAUGAAUCAGGCUGGCUAUUGGUGAUACUCUCUGUGAUGCUUUGCAUGUGGCACAUGGCUCCUGCAGAUGGGAGAUUGUCUUGCCCUUCCAAUCCUAUCUACCAGGCUGGGUUUUAGCUUUUAUUACUUAUCAAAGAUCAUGGUCUGUCUGACAAGCAUUUAUAGAAUUAUAAUGGGAAAUUUUUCAGAACAACCAUUGCAACACCUCUGGUAAUUACAAAAGUAGGAAUGAUUCAUCUUAAAGUAAAAUCUGUCCAAGAAGGGGCAUGUAUUUUACACUUGUAGAAAGCAGUGAUAUCAUUUUCCAUAUUUUAGCCAUUAAGUAAAGUGACAUCGCUGAAGCUUUCACUCUGUCUUCUGGUGGGCCGGUGCACCCUGCAGGACUUGAACACGUCUGUUGCAUGAACCUAUAAAAAUGGCUGGAGACAGUAUUUCGGGAUUGUCGAAAGGUAACUAGUAGAAUUUUUCCAUAUGUGAAUGGUUUAGUGAGGGAAGGGCUGUUGUGUGGGGUCAGAGUGCAAUGUGCAAGUCAGGCAUGAUCGUUUUUCAGAGAAUUGUUUCUCUGGUCCUCCGCACUAUCUGCAUACUGUUUAAAGCCCUUGCAAGAUCUUCCUUACAUACUUCUCCUCAGCAGCCUGUCUGGUUCGCAUUGCACCCGUCAACUUCUCAGCAACUUUACAGCACUUUGUGAACUUUAAUUCUCACUUUUUUCCCCUUACUGCCUUCACCACAGACGACUUCCGUAUCAUGUCACUGUGCUUCCCUUUCAAUGACAUUUCCCUGUGACCCCUAUGUGCUGUUUGCCUUGGUGCUCAUGAGCGAGCCUUGAAUAUACCCGCAACAAUGGCAGGCAAGUCUAUACUAAUGUACAGUUGUUUGUGAUGUAGCAUGUAGGGCUAGUUUUUUAAAAUAUCUGUUUACAUUGGGCUGGUGCAGCAGCACAAUGUCUAGCUGUCUUGCUGCAUACUUCUGGGAGCAGAGCUCCAUGUGUGUGGAGUUUGCAGGAUCCUCUCAUGUCAUCAUCGACUUUCCUCUGGGUUCCCUGGUUUUCUCCCCACAAUCCAAAAACAUGCUGAGGUUAAUCAGAGUAAUGAAAUUAUCUGUAGGCAUGUGACUGUACCCUGUGAUAGGUUGGUGCCCCAUCCUAGGUUGUUCCUCACCAUGCACCCACAGCCUCUGGAAUAGACACCAGACUCCCCCGCCCCCUCACCCUGUGACCCUGAAUACAGAAAAUGGAUGUAUGGAAUUUACAUUGUCAGAUUGUAAAACCAUUCACUUUUUCCACCCCUGUAAUAUAUCACACAAAUAGAUGAGGUUCAAGUUCCUGGGAGAGGUCUAUGCGAAAAGGAACAGCUCAAUGAAAAUAGCAACAUACAUGGUCUCGAUAGUAUUCAGGUGCAGUACUAAUCAGUAUGCCAAAAGGCAAGCAAGGACACAGAGAAUAUAGAGAAAGGCAGUUACUCAUCGAUCCAUCUAAUUUCUCCGUACCUCUGAAGGGAAAAAAGAAAGACAGACAGACUUUAUUAAUCCCUGAGAGAAAAGUAAAGUUUAAAAUACGACCAAGGUUAAAGUAGAUGACAGUUAUGAUGACAUUUCACUGGCUAAAAUAUGAGUAGUUGAAUUUUGAAUCACUGGUCUAAUUAGUCAUUUACUUCAAAUAGCUAAUUGUGAUAUUCCAUUCAAGUACACAUGUCCUGUACUUGUCAGGUGCCCCCUUAUACAGUAGUACAUGUCAUCCUAGUACUAAUGAUUUCAUUCACUGCUGAGGGAGGAUGGGUUAGAUGUUGUCAACAGGUAAACUGCAACCUUUGAUAUGUGAAAGUAGUAAGUCUGAGUUAAUGUUUUUUGUAUAAGAGCAGUACCGUAUUUAAUUGCUAGAAAAACUCUGUAUAUCGGUCUAGGAGAGCCUUGGAGUAGAGCUGCUAGUCCAUCAAAUCCAGAGGUGCCCGCUGUGGUUCAGGUAUCUUACCAAGGUACACUCCUGCUUUGUAAUCCAAUGCAGUUUCAGGUUGUGUAAUAUGCCCAAUUCCCCUUGAUUGAGUGAGAAACACAGAUGUUUCAUCUCACCUAAGCAUAAAACAAUCCAUUGCAUUAAAAAAAUGUGAUUGCAGUCUAUACAUGCAGCUGAAUCAGUAGACUGGAUUGUGUGUAGGGCUGUAAUAUCAGUUUUUAUUCAUCAAUAGAAAACAAUUUUCAUUGUGAGAGGCAUUAGGUUCAGUUGACCUGCACAAAUUAACCAUGUGCCAUCUACGGGUAACCAUUGGUUGUUCAAAAACAGUCCCUUCAACAUCACAGAAGGCAGUUGCUUAGGUAAUCCAGAGCUUUAUAUAGUAAUAGUCUAAUGUAAUUAGCCAUGACAGACUAUCAUAUGAGCAGGCGCAAAGGGUUUAUGGAACUUCCCAUGGUAUUUUAGUAAUUCAUCAUCACCUGCCUAUGAUCUGUAAUAUCACCUCUGGGUUCGAGUCUCCACCUGGGUUACAUGUGUGCGGAGUUUGCAUGAUCUCCCCUUGUCGUCGUGGGGUUUUCUCCGGGUACUCCGGUUUCCCCCCUCAGUCCAAAAACAUGCUGAGGCUAAUUGGAGUUAUUAAAUUGCCCGUAGGAGUGCAUGUGUGCGUGAAUGGUGUGUAAAUGUGUCCUGCGAUGGGCUGGUCCCCCAUCCUGGGUCGUUCCCUGCCUCGUGCCCAUUGCUUCCGGGAUAGGCUCCGGACCCCCCGCGACCCAGUAGGAUAAGCGGUUUGGAAAAUGGAUGGAUGGAUAUUGUUGUUGCUAUAUGACUAAACUAAUACAUCAAUAAUGUAAUGUCCUCUUAAAGCCGGGCCGGGCACGUGCAGAGCACGCCACGCCUUCCGUGCGCCUUACAAAGCUGCAAACCCAAUGCCUGCGCUGCAUUAGGGUUUGAGGCGCAGCCCGCUGGCGCGCGAGAAAUAAACAGCGUACUAGCGUCGCUCUAGCUCAGUGACAGUUGGAACGAAGUCCCGAUUUUUAUUAAUUUCACUGGCCUUUUAUUUUCAUAAAUAAUCUUCUCUUCUGGCUUUUUAUCAUAGUUGCUACGAUGGGAUGCCACCGCUGGUUCUUCCGCUCCUCGAAGAAAGGGUUUCAUAUCAUCCCGUGGCUUCUGCGGGCUCUUCUUCUGCAGUUGGUGGACACCAGUCUUACCCUGAAAUGUGAGGAAGGCAUGGUGCUCAAAGGGAAUCAGUGUGUCCCCUGUAAUGCGGAUUACUACUGGACGAUGAAGCAGGGCCAGCCUACAUGCGAGCCAUGCACCCGCACUUGCUCAGCAGAAGUGCAAUACAGGGUUGAGAUCCAGCCCUGCGGCAAGUCUGUCAACAGAGAGUGUCACUGUAUCCAGGGGACAUUCUGCCAAAGCGAAAUUCAGUACAGCUGCCGGAGAUGUACGCCGUGCAAAUCCGGAACCUUCACAGACGUCACCUCCCGGGCCAGACAUUGCAAGCCGCACAAGAAUUGCACACAGCUAGGGAUGUUGACGAUUAGAGAGGGCACUAAGACCUCCGACAGUGUUUGCGGCACCCAGACCACCCACCCACCUACCGCUGCAAGCAAAAGUCCAGUUAAUGUCACACAAGACGUCCCUAAAAACAGCACUCCUGAUACCAUAAGAUGGAGCUCUUCCAGUUCUAUGGACACUUCCAGUACAAACACUCCGGGCACCCAACCACCCCCAGAGAGAUUGGUGGAUCUGAACUAUACCCAUUACAUCUGGCUGCUACUCUUUGUGGUGCUGGUUUCUGUAAUGCUGCUAGGUUUCUUCAAGCGGAUAGGUGCCAAGCGGGUGCACCACUAUUGGCGACAAUCACUUUCAAAAUGUCAGGUGAAGGAUGAGCUGGGCCCGAAGGAGGAGCCUGAGCUGAGCUGUGGGGGGGGCCCGCAGCAGGUCACUGUGGGCCACAGUGGGGGCAGAGAUGGCGUCAAUAAUACCGUGGGAACGAUACACAUCUAUAACCCUGGGACGGUGGUGCUGGGGUCCAACUCAGCAGCACAGAGGGAGGAGUAUGGAAGAGCCGAGGAGGUGCAGCCUCUCAUCGGCACCCCACAGCAGGAGUCUCUGACUGGGGCCCGGGUGCCUGACGGCACUGAAAUUGGAUCUGAGGAGAGCGGCACACCAAGGCCCCCUGUGGUGGAAUGUACAGAGAAUGAGUUCCAAAAGGAGCUGAGCUACCCCAUUCCUGCUACGGGCAAAUGAUGAGCACACUGGGGGCUGGGGUAAGGAUAGAGGUAGGGGAGCGUCCCAAACCUAAAGGCUGGGACUGGAGCAUGAGAGAAGAUCAAAAUGGAGAUCCAUGACCUUUAAACCAUGCUGAAAUUCUGCCUCAACAGAAGUGCCUUUGGAAUGACUCACUGGAUAUUAGGAAUUAGUUUUAUUUUUUUUUCCAUUUUGUAAAUUUUCCAAUUCGAUUAUCUGCUUCUUUAGUAAAUAAUGAUACAGAAGCUUUACACACUGCGGGCAUGAAACCCACAGAAACGAUAACAAUGAAGUAUGAGUCUGUGCAGGGGAAGUUACUCAUGUGAGGCAGUAUACAGUGUAAAGGAAACGGAAAUGACAGCGACCUUAGCGGGAAAGGCAAGGCACUCUGACGACCAUCUUAUUUCUUUUUGGGAUGUAUUUUUUUUUUUUUGGGGGGGGGGGGGUCACAACUCUGGUCAUUUUUGUUUUAAUAAGUCACUGUCCUCGCCGACUGGCCAUGCCAUUCCUUCUGCUGCCAUUGCUGUGGCAAUGACAUAAGCGACCUGGUAAUUACCCAUCAAGCAACGUGUAAGGGGGUUUCUGUGGCCCAGUUAAAAAUCCCCGCAGGUACACAUGGGCAACGCUUUGCAUGCAGCUGAAAGGUCAGCUUUCAUCCAGCAGAGAUAUUGUCAUACACAGUGUCAUGCCCAGGAUAAAUGAAAGGUCAUUCUUUGUUUAAUCACCAUAAAGACUCUCAUGGGUACACAAGUUGUGGUUUGACCACAACAGAAUUGGGAUUUAAAGCAGAAAUUCUCUGCAUGACUGGACCAUUCAUUCCAUUAUUCUGCGUUCACUGCAGGAAGGUACGCUGUGCAAUCUGAAGGCUGCUAUUUCACACACUUAUAUGCAUGUUCCUGUAUGGAUGGGGAAGUUCACGCUGUGAACUCUAAUGCCAAAAUGCGGCUUUGGUGCCAAUUUUUUCUGACUGAUUUUUUAUUUUUUUUACUGAGCUGAUUCACUUCAGGAUCAAGGCAAAUGCUGCCACCCUGUAAUGGGUAAGUGGUGACAGAUGGAUGAUACCUCAUGGCAAAACUUAUCAGGGUGUCCUGUCCUUUUUGAGGAUAUUCACUCCUAAAAAUUACCCACAAGGUGAGGGAAACAUGCACGUACUUGUGUUUUUAGCUCAUGUGAUAGCUUGGUGAGUUGCAGUGCAGAGUUUCCCACUGGGAUUAAUGAAGUCCCUCUUAAUUUCAAUCUUAAUCUUGAUGUAGGAUCUAAGAAAGGGGUGAGAAUUGGAGUCAAGAAAGACAGCAAGAGAAAGAUUAUCAGACUGAAGGACUGAAAAUGAGAGUGUUACACCCAUCCCUAGUACUGUACCGUCUGUUUAUAUUAAUUUAUCCUUCCUCCAUCUUUUAUUAUAUAUUUUAACUGCUGCAUUUUUCUUUUCCGUAUUUUGGUUUAAGAUGAAUUGUCCACUAUUGUCAGUUUUGUUUUAAGGUUCAAAGAACGAUGCAGUCAGGUUGCCUGUUUCCAUGACGGCUGUGUCACAUGGAGCAGGUGGGAUCCAGCCCCGCCUUGUGCUGCUGACUGCCGCACCACAUCUCACUGCCUGUCCCUGUGUGGGGCACCAAGUGUCAAGUGUUCGUUUCCGUGCACAAAACACAUUCUGUGCCACAAAAAAAGCAUUAUUUCAUGACGAAAUCAAGUAAUGCCUUGCUGCAUUUUGUCCACAGAAAGACAAACUUCAGUUACAUUUUAUCCACGAAAACAUAGACUUAUUUUCAUGCGCAGAAUUGAUAUCAGCACUUUACAUUUUGUGGACAAAAGAAGGUCAUGUUGUGGAUGAAAUGCAUUUCGUGAAUGAAAGAAAGUAAUUUUGUAGACAAAAUACAUUAUUUGAAUAAUACACAGUCAUUUCACGGACAUAAAGCAUUUUGUAAAUUAAAGAAUUAUUUUGUGAAUGCAGGGGCGUUGUCAGAGAUUUUCAGCCCCAUGAAAGCAUAUCAUAUUGGGCCCCCCAGUCCAGACCAAUUCAAUUUUUUUCCUAUUUUUUUAGGACCCCUGUCCUUGGAAUCAUCCUGAACCCCUCCCUACACACAC